AUUAAAUUUUAGAUAAAAGAGGAUUGGCUUUAUAUUUUAAAGAGCAUUGGCUUUAUCAUAAAACUUGGUGUAUGAUAAUUGACUUUAUUGCGUGAACCUGAAGAUCUUUACCUCAAUCAGUUAUCCUUGGUAGUCGUUUUAUUCGGGAAGACCAUUGGCUUAUCGCAAACCCAUCUCUUUACUUCCAUUGUUGAAUCUUAGUCUUUCAAAACAGGUACUUUCGUCAUGGUGUUUGUACUCGCUUUGAAACAUAAACUGUUGUAUAUUGCCAACAGACACCUACAACGGACAGGUCGAGCAUUGAUACUGUCAAAUGCUAGAAGAUUAAUCCGGUCCACUAGAUCGGUAUCCAAUUCUACCAAAAAUACGGUUAACGGUAUAAAUUCAAAGAAUUCAAACCAUGGUAAUAAUAGUGGUGCUGAUACUGAUAAUGAAAAUGCCUUUAGAAAAAUGGUGGGGAUUUCUCUUUUAUGCGGUGCCGGAUACGUGAUGUACUUGAGUCCUUUCCAAUCCAAUCAAUAUAAUUUGGAAACAAUUCCUCCGUUAGGAGCUCCCGGAGCUCCAGGUAGCCCAGCAGAUAAAUCCACUAACAAAUUACUUUCUUCAGUUAGAACAAAUUUAUCUGAUGAUAAAUACUACUCUUCCUCUACUUCUUCAAUGUAUCAAAAAAAUAGUAUUUCUCACCAACAACAUAAAGAAGGAAUCUUUUUAUUGAAUGAAGAACAAGUUAGUAAUAAGUUAAGACAGUUUGAAGAAAGUUACACGGUGAAUCGUGGUAAAGGGGUUACUCGUUAUGAUGUCUGUCAGCUUCCUUCCAAUUCUCCAAUUGAAGAUGAUCGUUCUGAAGAAAUUGUUCAAGUGCCCAUUUUACAAGAUAAUAACGUUAAAACUUCUACCGAUUGGAUGUUUUUCGGAGUCUUUGAUGGUCACGGGGGCUGGACAACUAGUAGUAAAUUGAGGGAUCAAUUGAUUACUUAUAUCGUUCACGAAUUAGGUAGUAUUUUCAAACCAGCUAAUGAUGAAAAUUUAAGAUAUGUUCCAAAUAGUGCCACCAUUGAUCAAGCGAUUAAAAAUGGGUUUUUAAAAUUAGAUCACGAAAUUGUCAAUAAGAAUUUGGAAAAAUUAUUAAAUGAUAAUAACAAAGCAAAAGCUGCGGAACUUUUAAUGCCGGCUUUAUCAGGAUCGUGUGCAUUGCUUUCCUUCUAUGAUACUAACUCGAAAUUAUUAAAAGUUGCUGUGACUGGUGAUUCAAGAGCCUUAUUAGGGUCUUUCAAAAACGGCCAAUGGACCGUUAGACAAUUGAGCAUUGAUCAAACUGGUUCUAAUCCAACUGAAGUUGCUCGUAUUAUUAGUGAACAUCCCGAUGAACCUAAUGUGGUGAGAAAUGGUAGAGUUUUGGGUACUUUAGAACCUACUCGUGCCUUUGGUGACUGUCGUUAUAAAUUACCUGCCUCAAUUCAAGAAAGAAUCUAUAGACAAUUUUUCGGUAGACGUUUGCCCAAUAAUUUAGAAUCUCCUCCUUAUGUCACUGCUGAACCGGUGAUUACUACUACUAAAGUCGAUCCAGAAAAUAAUGAUUUCUUAGUCAUGGCAUCGGAUGGAUUAUAUGAAAUGCUCUCUAAUGAGGAAAUUGUUGGAUUGGUUGUUAAAUGGAUGGAAAAGGAAAAAUUGGUAAAACCUCAAAAAUCUUUUUGGAAUUAUUUUGGAUCUACUGAAAAUAAAUUACCAGAAGUUUCAGAUGUAACUAAUGAUAAAACUUCUAAAGCUCCUUUUAGAAAAUCAAGAACUGGAGGCUCCUUUUUAUUGGAAGAUAAAAACGUUUCUACUCACUUGAUCAGAAAUGCUUUAUCUAAUGGCGGCUCAAAAGAGCAAACUUCAAUGCUAAUCUCCAUUCCUAACCCUGUUUCUAGACGUUAUAGAGAUGAUUUGACAGUUACUGUCGUUUUCUUUGGGAAUGAUCCCAGAGGUGAGAAUGAAAAUGGUAAAUUAGAAAUCAACCCCGAUGCUACCGCUGGUGGAGUUGAUGCUUCUAAACCAAGAUUGUGAUCUUCAUCGUACUUUAAUGCAUUUAAAUGAUACAAUUAUCAUUUUAAAAAAGUUAGAAAGAGAACAAAAGCAAUGUUUAUUUUCACCAUUUGCUCAACCUCUUUUCUUUAGCCAUUCAUUCUUUGUAUAUUAUUAAGCAAUAAGCUGUACAUAUCUUCAUUUUAGAAAAAAAC